CAAUCCUCCGGUCGUCUUGGUCAAUUCGUUGCCCGCCAUGACGAACAUUCAUCCCGAGUCGCCUGAGGACUUCGAGUUCAUCGAGACCCCGGCUGCCUCGUGCACCACUCCCGCCGACGACUGUGGAGUGCGGACUACCUCGUACCCGGCCAUCAAAAAUGCCCCGGUCCCAGCGGACGCCGCUGGCAGCGACAGUUUCUCCAACACCUUGCUUAUUCUUCUAUUGGUGGUGAUACCUUGGUAUACCGCUCGUCAGAUUGGUGGUGGCUUGAAAACCACUAUCUUCUUCGCAAUAUUCACCACCAUUCCGAUCUUAAUGGCCUUCUGGUCCAUUGCCUCGUCGAUCUCCCCCCGCAAGAACGAAAAGGCUAAGUACGCCGGCCGCCCCGUUGAGCACUACCUGCACUUCCACAGUGAACAUGACCGUGCCACAUACCGUGGGAAGAGCAAGAUUCCAAUGGAGGUGUUUUACGAGAAAUACUUUGCCGGUGAAGUCGACUUCAAGAUGGAUGCUUUGGAGGCCUUGGAGUUCAGACACGACUGGGCCAACUUCCGCUUCACAAUGGGCCUCUUCAAGCACUUUCUUUUCGGCUUCAUUCCGGAAUUGUUGGUUCACUCCCGUUCUCAGGAUGAGGAACAGGUCCGUGACCACUAUGACCGUGGUGACGACUUUUAUGCUUGGUUCCUGGGUCCCCGUAUGAUCUACACGUCUGGUAUUAUUUCCGACAUCAAGAAGGAGGAGACUCUCGAGCAGCUUCAGGACAACAAGCUGGCUGUGGUUUGUGAGAAGGUCGGGCUGAAGCCAGGUGACACAGUCCUCGAUCUUGGCUGUGGCUGGGGUACUCUGGCGAAAUACGCUUCUGUCCAUUAUGGCGCUCAGGUUACCGGUAUUACGCUGGGCCGCAACCAAACCGCUUGGGGCAAUAAGGGUCUCCGUGCUGCUGGUAUUGAUGAAUCUCAGAGCCGUAUCUUGUGUAUGGACUACCGCGAUGCUCCUCGUGUCCCUGGCGGGUAUAAGAAGAUCACUUGCUUGGAGAUGGCUGAGCACGUUGGUGUUCGCCACUUCGGUUCGUUCUUGGCUCAGGUUAAUGAGAUGCUGGAUGACGAUGGUGUCUUCUUCCUGCAAAUUGCUGGUCUCCGCAAGUCCUGGCAAUACGAGGAUCUCAUCUGGGGUCUUUUCAUGAACAAAUACAUCUUCCCCGGCGCCGAUGCUAGCACUCCCCUUGGAUUCGUUGUCGAUAAACUCGAGGCUGCUGGGUUUGAGAUCAAGGGCAUUGACACUAUCGGCGUCCACUACUCUGCCACUCUCUGGCGCUGGUACCGCAACUGGCUGGGUAACGGGGAGAAGGUCAAGGCGAAGUACGGUGAACGCUGGUACAGGAUCUGGGAAUACUUCCUUGCGUACUCCACCAUCACCUCCCGUCAGGGUGGUGCUACUUGCUGGCAAAUCACCCUGGUCAAGAACAUCAACUCUACCCACCGUGUUGAGGGUAUUAACAGCCAGUAUGGCCUUACAGGCGCUCGGGAAGCCGCCAUCGCUAGUGUCGGCAAAGGCUCUUUGCCAAGCGCUCACGUCACCUUUAAGGCUUAA